GCUCUGGCCAUUUUCUGCGGCAUCAUCACGGGCUGCUACUGUUGCUGCUGCUGCUGCAUGUGCUGUAACUUCUGCUGCGGCCGCUGUCGACCCAUGCCCCCUGGAGAAGAAGGAAGCUACUGCAACCUCCACGAAGAGGGAAGCAACUCCCCGGAGGAGCCCAUCACCUCCCAGCCUAUCCCUAUGGGCGGCGGCUCCAAGCUGGAGGACGAGGAGGAAGAGGACGUGGACGAGAAGACCAACAUCAAGACCUCUGGCCAGCCCACGUACGGCGCAGACGUCGUCGCAGCCCCACCCCCGCCCUCGGCCGGCGGCGACGACACCAGCGCGGCUCUCACUGCCAGCAAGGAGUGAUGAUCCCAGACACAAGCCAGACUGCUCAACCCAAGAACACAGGGGGGGGGGGGAUCUUGUAAACGUGGUAGUGUUGUCGUUGUUAUUGUCGCUGUUGUUGCUGCCAGUGUCUGUUUUAUUCCAGGGGUGUGGGUGGUUGGUGGGUGCUCUGGUGUGAUCUGCUCCUUCUCUCCCCUAUCAAACGUCUAUUUUCCUUAUCUCCCCUCCUCCACCUUCUUUGUUGGUGUUUGUUUCUCUUCGACACUUAUAUGACCUUAUUGUGUUGCAAGUGCCGUAAAACUCUUACUUACUAAAACAAAACAAAUUCCAGGGGUGGUGAGAUGAGAGCGUUGCUGGCCCAACAGAAAGUGGGGUGGAUUCUGGACUGUCCAGAAAGUGGGGUGGAUUCUAGAGUGUCCAGAAAGUGGGCUUGAUUCUAGACUGUCCAGAAAGUGGGCUUGAUUCUAGACUGUCCAGAAAGUGGGGUGGAUUCUAGACUGUCCAGAAAGUGGGCUUGAUUCUAAACUGUCCAGAAAGUGGGCUUGAUUCUAAACUGUCCAGAAAGUGGGCUUGAUUCUAGACUGUCCAGAGGGUGGGGUGGAUUCUAGACUGUCCAGAAAGUGGGGUGGAUUCUAGACUGUCCAGAAAGUGGGGUGGAUUCUAGACUGUCCUGCGCCUAGCGCUGGAUGUUGUUGCGCUGUGAGGUAUGCGCUGUACAGCUGCUGUUUCUUCCUGUGAGCACGUCGGUGACACAGAUGUCACUGGGUUGCUGCUUUGGCUUUGGGAUUGUUGUAUUGGGGGGGGGGGGGGGGGGUUAUUUCAGGGGAAA